CCGCCGCCGCCGCUGGAAGGGCUUAUCCUGAGGCCAGCAUCAGGAGGAGAGCUGGGGAGACUUUUGGGCCCCGUGGGCAACAACAGAAGGCGCCGGUUGGCAGAGGUGCACGGCUCUGGCGUGGCCUCCUGCUUCCGUGGUCAGCUCGCUUGGGGUCCUGGAAUCUGACAUCUAGAACUUGCCGGCGCCACAGACGCAGGACAAGCUGGGCUGACGAAAGACGUGAACGUGAGCCCUACGGAGCACGAGACUCCGUCCUGCUGACACGUGAAGAGCUGCCCAGGUUUAUUCACUGAGGAGCCAUCUUGGGCAGGCACCGCUCCAAGCCCUAGGACGGUGACAGCGGACAUAAGAAGCCGAUCACCAUGGAGGGCGACUGUCUGAACUGCAUGAAAUACCUGAUGUUUGUGUUUAACUUCUUCAUAUUUCUGGGCGGGGCCUGCCUGCUGGGCGUCGGCAUCUGGGUCAUGGUGGACCCCACGGGCUUCCGGGAGAUCGUGGCCGCCACCCCGCUGCUCGUCACGGGCGCCUACAUCCUCCUGGCCAUGGGGGGCCUGCUCUUCCUGCUCGGCUUCCUGGGCUGCUGCGGGGCCGUGCGUGAGAACAAGUGUCUGCUUCUGUUCUUCUUUCUGUUCAUCUUAAUCAUCUUCCUGGCGGAGCUCUCAGCAGCCAUCCUGGCCUUCAUCUUCAGGGAAAAUCUCACCCGGGAGUUCUUCACCAAGGAGCUCACCAAGCACUACCAGGGCAACAACGACACGGACGUCUUCUCCGCCACCUGGAACUCAGUCAUGAUCACGUUUGGUUGCUGUGGGGUCAACGGCCCUGAGGACUUCAAAGUUGCAUCUGUUUUUCGACUCCUGGCCCUGGACAGUGAAGAGGUGCCAGAGGCCUGCUGCCGGAGAGAGCCCCAGGCCCGGGCCGGGGUCCUGCUGAGCAGGGAGGAGUGCCUUCUGGGAAGGAGUCCGUUUCUCAACAAGCAGGGCUGUUACACGGUCAUCCUCAAUGCCUUCGAGACCUACGUCUACCUAGCCGGAGCCCUAGCCAUCGGGGUGCUGGCCAUCGAGCUGUGCGUCAUGGUCUUCGCCAUGUGCCUCUUCCGGGGCAUCCAGUAGGGGGCGUGGCCUGAGGACUGGCCCUGCCCACCGCUGCCCAGCACCCAGCGCUCUCCCCCCCGCCCCGCCCUCCCUGUCCUGCGCCCCAGGGGAGGAAGCGGCCUGGUGCAUGGCCAGGAGAAGGGCUGGGGGGAAGAGAGCUAUUUUUUUAACAAAACAAAAUGAAGACAAAACUGUGGCCUGGACGCCAGGGCAGGUGCCAUGGGCCCUCCACAGGGACACCAGCGUUGACGCAGGACCAGGUCUGCUCCGGAGACCAAAGGGGCACCGGUCCUGGGCCCCCUCCGCGCCCUAGCCAGACACUGGCGUCCCCCAGCCUGGACCCUCUCUCCUCUCAGCUUCAGGACCCAGUGCCAAGCGAGUGAGGAUUUCGGCAGGGAGCAGGCAACAGCCGACCUCACAGAAGUGGCCCCGGGUUGGGGGCGGGGAGUGGGGGUCAUCAAGGAGAUUCCAGGACUCAACCUACAGCGCAAUCCCGUGACUGCCAGAGGGUGGCGCUGUCCUCGCUUCAGCUAGGAACCGUGGGCAUCCAAGACCCAGCUGGCAGGGUCUGUUGGACUGCGCACCCUUGGAGGCCCAGAGAGGGGCGGCGGCCCGUCCAGUCGCAGAGCACACGCGUGGCUGCGGUCACUGCGUCCGGGACUCGGCUGGAGCUGCUGCUGCUCAUGGGUGCCGUGGCCUCAGCUUCCCGACGCCCCCCGCUGGCCCAGCUCGAUGGCUAAGAACAUUCUGGACUUUGUGCCCCCUGCUCCCUCCCACCGCCCCCGCGAACACACUCACGUACGCUCAUCACAUCCCCGUGUCCCUGUCCACGUUUGCUCCCUGGCUCCUGGGAGAGAAGAGUCCCACCCCCGACCCAGAACUGAGGCCGGACGGCUUCUGCAGGCUUCCACCCUCUCCUUGCAUACCUCCAGGGCUGGAGAGCUUACUACCUCCCCAGGCAGCCUCUGCCUCUGGCCUGCUCUGACCUAGCGUCAGCUCACUACACAGCAGAGCUUUCUGUACUUCCGUGGUCCCGGCCAUGGCAACCCACUCGCUGCAUCUCUUCCUGGACUGAAGAACCCUUGGGGCCUCUGGGCCCUCUCGGCUGUGCCGCUGUUCCCUGUCCCUUGCCCGUCCAGGCUCAGGCAGAGAGAGAUUUUCCCACUGACACGUUCACGCCCACGCACCACCUGCAGUCACCAGGGCUUCAGCUUCUACACCAGUGUUGGCGGCUGGGCUGCCAGAUGCCUCGCGCCCAUUGGUCAAGAGUGACCGCCGAAGGCUGUGCCGAGGACCCCAGACUUGGUCUGGGCUCAGUGAGAGAGUAAAAUGGGAUCUCGAUUAGUGAUGUCUGCCGGACACCUCGAAUUUGACUAGUGAUGUCUGUCAUGGGCACGGGGAUGGAAGGAACAGCAUGGUGCUGCCCUAGUUAGAGCCCCUUGUGUCUCACCUGCCACUGGCUCCUGUGUCAGCUCCUGGCCUCCCCCAGAGCUUACCGGCCACCUGGGGAGAGCUGCAGGCAGCAGCUCCGGGCCUGUUGGCAAGAUUCAGUUUGGCCCUCUCCCCAUUCCCCCGACCCCUUGCUGCUGUGCCCACUGGUCCAGGCCCUGCUCACCAGCCCUGUGGCUGUCUGUGCUGCCACGGUCUGUCUCGCCUCCUGCUCCCCGCACCGUGCUGUGGGGAGAAGGGGCUUAUUUGCAUCCAUAUCUCCCAGUGUAGCUCCCAACACAGUCUUCCCAGUGUCCCUGGGGGCACCUGCUGUGCUGACCUCAGAGCCCCUUGGAGGCUGCAGAGGCACCUGCAACGGGCACCCCAGCCCAGCGUGGGAAGGACCUGGGGCUUUGCCCGUCUCUGGACCCCUCCUGCACGUGGCUGCAGCCUCCUGGGAGAGGCAAUGUCUGCUUGGAGGCUGACCAAAAAAAAGAAAAAACCCACAGCCAGGCUGGGCGGGGCUGCUGUUCCCACCACAUAGGCCGGGAGCCCAGGCUAUUAGUGCUAGGCGAGGCUGCCUGGGACCAACUAACCUGGAACAGGAUGGGGGCGUGGUGAAGAAAGCCCCGCCUACACUAGACUGGGGCUUCCCCUAGGGCCCAGGACCAGUGGGCACCAGGAUGCCGCCGGUCAGUUCUGACGGUGGCUGCCUUGCUGCUGGUGGGGACAGCGGGCCAGGCCUCCCCUCUGCUUUGCACUCCAGGAUCCAACAGCCCACGCCCACGACUUCCCGCGACCCGGCCGCCAACAAGGCCAGGAACGGCGCUCUCCCACGAAGCCCGCGCCCUGCAGACCAAGCCCUGCCCCACUCCCAGCCUUGUGGCCCGGGCGUCCCCCCGGGCACCUCCGUCCCUCCCCGUCCAGGCCCAAGGGGUCCCAGAGGAUCCCCCAACCUGCGGUCGCGCCUCGCAGGAGCGGCAGAGCUGACCUUCCGCCGGCCCCCUCCCGCGAGAACGCCCCCUUUUCUAGGAUCACCCAGAGCUUUUGUAAUAUAAACAGGACGCCCACUCGGAUGGUUUUGCACUGGUUUUUGUGACUGUUUCUUACAAAAAGAAAAAGGAACGAAGAAUAAAUAGUG